ACUACAAAUCCCAACAUGCAAAGGGAAAAGGAAGUGGGCAGUGUCCGCGGCUCAGCCUCCAACUUGAGAAGAGGCGCGCUGGAUAAACCACCAGAGCAAGCAACCCGGGGAUGGGGUCAGAGCCCAGGAGGAAGGGGGAGACCCUCACCUAGUUCCCUCUUGAGAAGGACACCCACCGGAACCCAGAGGAAUUGCAAUGCUAGCUUCAAAUCUCCAGUCCUGUCCUCGAGGGACUGCCAGUCUGAAGCUAGCAAUAAGGAGAGCCUGCAGCGUGAAAUUGAAGAGCUGAAACUCAAGAACCUCACUCUGGACCAAGAAGUAGCCCAGUUGUUGGCUGAAGGAUACAGUCUGGAGGAAUUAGAAAAACACAUCGCUCUGCUCCAUGAAUACAACGAGAUAAAAGAUACUGGGCAGAUGCUGUUGGGUAGAAUAGCGGUGAUCAGAGGGGUCACCACGAAGAAGCUGUACCCUGAAUUUGACCUGGAAUUGAAUGACUAGGAAGGAGGCAGAGAACUGCAGCCCCUUAGACGACCAAAGUCUGUGUCCGCAGUGGUGAUAACACCAUUAGUACACGUUCAAGUCUCCUUGGAAACAGACGGAGCAAUGCUUUACUAUCUCAUCUAAUGGAUAACUUUGUUACUCUACUCCAGCGUUUCUCAAACUUGCGUCCCCAGAUGAUGGACUACACCACCCAUCAUCCCCCAACCACAACAGAUGAUGGGAAUGGUAGUCCAACAUCUGAGGACCCACGCUUUAAGAACCCCUGUCUUACUCACUGUUGUAGGGGAAAUAUAUCCUCUGUACCAGUCACAAUUAAUUGCGGAAUGUCUGCAAACAGCAGGGGCUGGACACAGAUCCACUUGUUUCCUACCAUAGUUCUGUUGUUGAACAAGCAGCCUGUAAUAUUGAGAAGUUCAGGUUCAGCAUACUACGCGAUCAGCUAUUCAGGGCAGUGAUGCACCCAAGAGAUUGAAUUAAAGCUUCUGCAGCAAUGUAUCUCGA